GCUUCAGUCUAAGGAAAGACUUCAGCUGGCAUACAUCAAUCAAAAUGAGUUUCGCAAACAAAGUAGUUUUGAUAACUGGGGGAAGUUCUGGUAUAGGAGCGGCUACAGCCAUCCUUUUCUCUCAAGAAGGAGCUAACGUUGUUAUUGUGGGAAGAAACGAGACAAAACUAUCUAAUGUAGCCGAAAAGUGUUCAGAUCCUUUAGUCAUCAAAGCUGAUGUAACUAACAAGGAAGACGCUAAGAGAAUAAUCGACGAGACAAUCCAAGCGUAUGGAAAGAUCGAUGUUUUGGUUAACAACGCAGGAAUAGUGAGGUACGGAAGUAUAUUGGACGAGAACAUUCUAGAAACGUUCGACGAGUUGAUGGAGACGAAUUUGCGAUCGUUAUUACACGUGACAUAUUUAGCUGUCCCACACAUUAUAGAGGCUAAAGGAAAUAUUGUAAACAUAUCGACUAUUGCUGGGAAAAUAUUUCCUGAUCCUAGUUUAAUGGCUUAUGGGGUUUCUAAGGCUGGAGUGGACCAUUUGACUAGAGGGUUGGCUUUACAACUAGCGAAGUAUGGAGUAAGAGUGAACAAUAUAAGCCCUGGGCCAACCGUGUCUGAUAUCUUGUUGAAUUCUGGCGUAGAUAUUCCUUGGGAGUCCAUAGCCCCUACUAUGCCGCUUGGAAAAGUGUGUGAGGCUGAGGAGGUUGCUGAUAUGAUCAUGUUUCUGGCUAGUGAUAAGGCUAAGAGUAUCACUGGAGUCGAUUAUGUCAUUGAUAACGGUAAAAUGCUGACUAAAUAGAUUUUUGGUAGAUCUUAGAUGAGAUUGUUAUUUGUGUAUUUAAUUUAUGUAGUAGUUAUUGGUGUUUUGAUGUUAUGUGUAUACAUUGUGUGACAUGUUAAUAUUUAGUAGAUCACAUUGAGUUUGUAACGUACUACAAAAACAUUUUUGGCAAUAACGUAUUAAAAAACAACUAAUUGUGUUAGUUUUUUUCCAUUCACAGCCGAAUAUUACUUAUCGAAUAUAACAUGUAUUAUGUAACGUAACAAAUAUCUUGCCUUUUUUAU